AUGCAUGAAGCUUUAGCAGUGGUGCAUUCGAUGAUAACAUCUGAUAUGAAUAGGCUGUUAAUCAGGGAGGUAUCGGAGGAGGAAAUCAAGACAACAGUUUUCCAACUAGGCUCUAUAAAGGCCUCGGAGCCUGAUGGGUAUCCAAGGUUUUUUAACCAAAGGUAUUGGGCAGAUAUUGGGGCAGACGUUUACAAGGUUUAUGGAGAUGCGUCUGGCCAAUUGAUAAACUUCCAGAAAUCAGGCAUUCAAUUUUCCUCCAAUGUUGGGCCCUGUCUCAAGCAACAAAUUUGCUCCACCUUGGGUAUGGCUACGGUUAAAGAGGGCUCCAAGUAUCUAGGGCUUCCGCCCUAUUGGGGCCAAUCAAAGAUGGAGGCAUACAACUUUUUGGUAGAACGAAUGAUGGCUAAAUUGCAAGGUUGGAAACUCCAGUUGCUAUCCCAUGCUGGUAGAGAGACUUUGACAAAGGCGGUGGCUCAAGCUAUUCCCACCUAUGUUAUGGCGUGUUUUCUUUGUCCCAAGAAAUUAUGUGCUUCUUUUAAUAAGCUUGUGAGUAAAUUCUGGUGGAACGGAGACCCAGCCAAUAGGGGUGUCCAUUGGGUCGCUUGGGAUAAAAUGAGUAAGUCAAAAAACCUUGGUGGUGUGGGUUUUUGCGAUUUUCGGGCUUUCAACAAAGCUCUGCUAGCUCGCUAG